AUGGAUAAUAAUAUAUCAAAGAACUAUCAAAAUAUUGGUGAUCAAGGAAAUAUGGAAAUAGAUGAACGGAAUAUGAAUAUAAACGAUAAAAAUACUGAACAACAUCACAAACGAAGCCGAAAUCUGACCGAAGUAGAUGAAGGUGUACUUCAAAGUCCAAAAAAUCGUCGUACUCUAGGUGACUUUGGCACAAAAGAGCAAAACAAUCGAGGAUCAUUUAUAAUUCGAAACCAAAAUUAUCAUCAUCGAAACGUUACAACAGAAACAAGAACUUCAAAUCAUUAUCAAAAACAAUGUUCAAUAGUUUCAAAUAAUUUAAAUGAAAAUAUAGACUUCAAUCGGUACAAUAUAAAUGAACAAUCAAUCUCUUAUGCUUUCGAUAUGCACUUGCCACUGAUUACAAUGGAAUGUAAACCGAAAUUAAAAUCCAAAGAUAUUGCUACUAAAUUAAUUAUGUUAUUUUUCAAAGAGAUUGAGUUAGAUUUUCGUAAACAACAUCCGAAUCACAAAAAACCUAUCGGUUUUGAACGUUGGUGGCAAGAUGCUGAUGGUGUUCGUAUAUUUGGUGAGACAAAGGAUGUUGACUUAUUCAUUUAUUUGUGUGAAGCAAAAAGAUACCCAAACAAAAUUGAAAACACUUAUAUUGUACCAGAUCCUCCUAAGCGGCUUCCACCACAAAAUACUGUGGUUAUUAAAUUUGUAAGAAAUGAUAUUGAACUCGAAGAAAUUCGGAAUGAAAUUAAGGACCGAUACAAGUCUACAUAUACGGUUGAAAAUAUGCUGGGUACAUUAAGAUCGAACAAUAGACAUGUCCGAGUAGAUUUUAGUGAUAAAAAGGAUUAUGAUUCAAUACUCAACAGUGGUGUUAUUGGUGUGCAGGGUCAGCUUUUUGAUGUCGAUGAGUAUUUGCCUGCCCCUAAAAUACUCAUUUGUACCAAGUGCAAUGAACCGGGGCAUACUAAAAAACAAUGUCGACUAUCUUUUGAAAAAUGUCGCCGGUGCGGUGAAAAUAGGCUUGAUAAUAAUGAUCAUAAGUUAUGCUCUAUUAAAUGUCAACAUUGUGGAAGUGGUGAACAUUUUUCAAAUGAUCAUCGAUGUCCCUCGAUUCUCGAUUUUAGACGUCAAAUUGUAUCUGAACUUCGAAAAAGACCAAACUGUUUACCACCUCAAGUUCAAUUAUUUAUUCCUGUAGACUGUAGACCUAUAGGUAAUUCGACUAAAAUUCUCAAUAAUGCAAGUGCAAGCUCAACAUCUCAGAAAAUAAACUGCUUGACUAAUAAUAAUUUUACGCACAAGAGUGAAUGGCCAAGUCUUCCAGCUGCUGCAAAUAGUCAACAGAUAUUAAGUAUGUCUGCUAUUGGUAAACAGUUGAUUGCAGAACAAACAAUUAAAUCGUUCUCAAACGAUCUUAAUGAGCUAAAACAAGAUUACCUUGAAGAGCAACGAAAAAUUGAUCAACGUUUUCAAGAACAACUAAAAAAUAUUCAGAACGGGUGGUUAGCUAUUCAGAAUCAAAUUUCUACACAAAAUGAAAUGAUUAAUACCACAUGUACUCUCAUCGAUGAUAUACUAUUUGAUUCAUGCAUACACUUGACUAACAUGAUGGUUGCUAUUGUAAACGAACUGAACAACAAAGUAACAACAGAAGAAGAAAAGAAAAGAUAUAGUUCAAUUGAUGAACACAUCAAAAUCAUGUCAAGAAAAAUACUUGACAAGAAACAAUCAUAUUAUAACUAUCAAGAACAAUUAAAUACACUAAUGUCUCAACAAAGAACUGCUGCCAUUUUGACUAUGAAUUCUAUAUUCUUAACAAACAAUGUACAACAAUGA